GAUUUGACAUUUGACAGUGACAAUUCGAAACUUUUAAAAAAUAAAAACAAUUACAUACGAAAACCAUAGUUUCUUUGUAUUUGGACCGAUUUAUUUCAUAAAGUUCAUAAAAAGAAUAGAAAGAACCCAGUAAAAUGGUUGGAAUUAGUAUGGAUGGCCCAUCACGAGAUCAAGUAAUGAAACUUAUCGAAGAGAAAGAUAGAAUCGAAAGAGAAAUUCGUGAGCAAACAGCUAUACUUGAGUCGAAUAAUGUGAGCAUGCAUGAUUCUCUGGUGGACAGUGAUGGAUAUCCGCGUAGCGACAUUGAUGUGUACAAAGUUAGACACGCCCGACAUCAAAUUAUAUGUCUACAAAAUGAUCACAAAGCAAUAAUGAAGAGGAUAGAGGAGGGUCUUUGUAAAGUUCAUUCUGAGUUCCGCGGCUCAAGUAACACUGGUUCGCAGCAAGCCACCUCUGCAUCAUACACUAAUGGCCAUGCUAUGAACGAUAUUAACAGACCUGUAACUGAAGAUCGGUGUUUUGCUAUUGUUGGAUUUGUCCAUGAUGGCUCUCCUGCUGAUCUUGCGGGUUUGUCAGUAAAUGACAAAAUCCUUCAGUUUGGAUCUAUCAACCAUAGUAACUUCUCUGAUGUGACACAAGUGAAUCAAAUAGUCUCACAUUCCGUGGGUCAGAGGAUAGAGGUCAGGGUAAGAAGGGACCAGAAUGUCAUAUCUCUCACUGUAGUUCCUAGACCUUGGGCACAUCCUGGUCUUCUCGGCUGCCAGAUCAGAACAUAUACAGUGUCAUAAGGUUUACUAUGUUUUGGAAUAUAAGGGAGAUUUGUAUUGUGUUAAAUUAAGUUGAAAUGUUAAUUGAAUUAAAUGAAUGUAAACUU